ACACAUAAUAUAACGGCUCCGUGGGGUUGAACUUCAUUCGACUUUGCUCGUUCAAAGAAGAAACUGUAACCAUGAGUGGAAGAGGAAAGGGGGGCAAAGGACUCGGAAAAGGAGGUGCCAAGCGUCACCGUAAAGUUCUCCGUGAUAACAUCCAGGGCAUCACCAAACCCGCCAUCCGUCGUCUGGCUCGCCGUGGUGGCGUCAAGCGUAUCUCUGGUCUGAUCUACGAGGAGACCCGUGGUGUGCUGAAGGUGUUUCUGGAGAACGUCAUCCGUGACGCCGUCACCUACACUGAGCACGCCAAGAGGAAGACCGUGACCGCCAUGGAUGUGGUGUACGCUCUGAAGAGGCAGGGCCGCACUCUGUACGGCUUCGGCGGUUAAACUCAUGUUUCUUCAUCCAUCAAACGGCUCUUUUAAGAGCCACACACCUCACUUUAAGAGCUUUGUUCUGCGGCCUUCUUGUGGGUAGGGGUUGGGUUGUUGU